UGAGCGCUACAUUAGUUCUGCGUCUGUCGUACUUUCCUGACAUCUGUAAACCCCGCCCACCUCAUCCAAAGGCCCGGACUGACUGCUCCCACGUGUAGACGCGGGUCUAGUGCUGGGGCAAACAUGGCAGAGCUGGCUCUCUUCAGUGUGUCGGAUAAGGCUGGGCUUGUGGAAUUUGCCCAACGGUUGAGCGCUCUUGGUCUUUCUUUGGUGGCCUCUGGUGGAACCGCACAAUGUUUGCGUGAUGCCGGACUCACUGUCAGAGAUGUGUCUGAACUCACUGGCUUUCCAGAGAUGCUGGGGGGACGCGUGAAGACCCUUCAUCCCGCAGUGCAUGGAGGUAUCCUGGCAAGGAGCUCCCCUGAGGACCAGGGAGACCUUACCAGAUUGGGGUUUACCUAUGUCAGAGUGGUUGUCUGCAACCUGUAUCCCUUUGUGAAGACCGUGUCUGCACCUGGAGUGACGGUGGAGGAAGCUGUUGAGCAGAUAGAUAUUGGCGGUGUAACAUUACUUCGUGCAGCUGCCAAAAACCAUGCACGGGUCACUGUCCUGUGUGAUCCCAGCGAUUACAACAGUAUAGCCGAUGAAAUGGAAAAAUCUGAUCUGAAGGACACAACCCUAGAGAGACGAUGCCAACUGGCUCUCAAGGCUUUUACUCACACAGCACAGUAUGAUGAUGCCAUCUCGGAUUACUUCCGUAAGCAGUAUAGUAAGGGUGUAUCCCAGCUUCCCCUGCGAUACGGAAUCAACCCUCACCAGGUGCCCGCUCAGAUCUUCACUCGUGGACCACGGCUUCCAUUGACUGUACUGAAUGGAUCUCCAGGGUUUAUUAAUCUGUGUGAUGCACUGAACGGCUGGCAGCUGGUGAGAGAGUUAAAAACUGCUGUAGGUCUCCCUGCAGCCACCUCUUUCAAACACGUGAGCCCUGCAGGUGCUGCUGUUGGAGUUCCAUUGACAGAAGAGGAGGCUAAAGUGUGCAUGGUACAUGACCUAUAUGCCACCCUUACUCCUUUGGCAACUGCCUACGCAAGAGCCAGAGGUUCUGACAGGAUGUCGUCUUUUGGUGACUUUAUUGCCAUUUCUGAUGUGUGUGAUGUUCCCACUGCAAAAAUAAUCUCCAGAGAGGUUUCUGAUGGUAUUAUAGCUCCAGGCUAUGAUGAAGAGGCUCUGAAAAUCCUCUCCAAAAAGAAGAAUGGAAGUUAUUGUGUCUUGCAGGUGGAUCCGACUUACGAACCAGAUAGUGCAGAGAUUCGAACCAUCUUUGGCUUGCAACUGGAACAGAGGAAAAAUGAUGCGGUGGUAGACAGCUCGCUUUUCAGCAAUGUGGUCACAGCAAAGAAAGAGCUCCCUGAGUCUGCCAUCAGAGAUCUGACUGUAGCCACAAUUGCCCUGAAAUAUACCCAGUCUAAUUCUGUGUGCUAUGCCAAGGACGGACAGGUGGUGGGAAUGGGUGCUGGGCAACAGUCCCGCAUACAUUGCACCCGGCUUGCUGGGGACAAAGCUGAUAACUGGUGGCUGCGGCACCACCCACGUGUCUUGGGAAUGAAGUUUAAAGCUGGUGUGAAGAGAGCUGAUAUUUCUAAUGCCAUUGACCAAUAUGUGAGCGGUACGCUCGAAAAGGAGGAGCUCGAGCAGUGGAAGUCCCUGUAUGAGCAGCCCCCAGAACUGCUAACCCCAGAAGAGAAGAGGCAGUGGAUCUCUACCUUGACUGGUGUUUCCCUGAGCUCUGAUGCAUUUUUCCCAUUCAGAGACAAUGUGGAGCGGGCAAGGAAGAGUGGGGUUCAGUUCAUUGCUGCUCCGUCUGGCUCUGCAGCUGACAAAUUGAUCAUGGAAGCAUGUGAUGAGCUGGGCAUUGUCUUGGCACACACCAACCUGCGACUCUUUCACCAUUAACAUUCCCAAACAAAAUAACACUUGCUUUCGUAAGAUGAUCUUUGCACUGUUACAAUAAAACUGUUAUAUUGCA